CACAAAAAUGGUUAAAUUAGCAAAAAUUGUUUCAUAGAAGCAUUACCUGGAACACGAAACGAAUUUUUUUAAAUUUUAAAUAGUCGAGACGAGGCUCCCUCGCUCUCCCUGCUCCCAAACGAUUGGUUGCGAUUGUUUUUGUUUCGGUUCGCUCGUAGUAGUCGUGUUUUAUGUGCUGGAUUACCACGUUUGAUGAAUACUGUUGCAAAUUCUGAAAUAUGACAAGUUCAGCUUCGAGUGCGCGCAGCUUGUUUGUAGAGUCCAAGGCAAGGUUAUCAGAGCGUAUACAAGUGAACAUUAAUAGCGUUGGAUCUCUAGCCAGACAAGUAGUGAAAGGAUCAAAAAGCAACGAGACUCUAAUGCACACAGCAAGAAACUUCGCACUGCAGGAGCACGCAAUACAUAACUCGGAGACAAAUCUAAACAAAAUGCAAAACUUGGUGACUCAAUUACAACGGCAGGCAGAUGCAAUACACAAAUGUGCACAACAAAUAGAGGUUGUGAAAGAACAGCUUCACAAGAUGCAGUGCUGAAGGAUCACCUCGGAUUUCUCACACGACUGUAAAACAGAGUUUUUCUCACUGAAAAAAGCUUCUAAUGACAUGAAACAUGAUCAGUAUACGUAUUAAUAAAAAGAAAAAGCCCUAACCAAUAGAAACCGCGACAUACAUAUUGCUCAGAUCCGACUUUGAUUGUUCCACGGUAAUUCGCGCAAAAUUUUGAUGGACAUCAAUAUUAAACACGUGACAACAAAGGA